UCAAGGUCUAGUACUGAGUCUGAGUAGCACCCUAGGUGACUCGGGUUGUGGCAGAAAUGGCAGGUAACUGCGCUCCCGGCGUUGGUGGAGGAGAAGGGGAUGUAGUCGGAACUGCAUUUCAAGCAUUUCGACUCCCGACAUCUGCGGAUGAAUCUGACGAUAUCGGCGGCAAUAAGUUCCUUGUUCUUUGCCUUCGAAGCAGAUAUCUCCUUUGCGGGUAGAGGGUAAUCUUCAUGUAGACUGCAGAGGAGUUCGGCAGCAGCCUUGAGAGUGGGCAGCUUGAUAGUGGCUGACUUGCCAAGGAGUUCGACAUUUCUAUCAGGGGUUGCAUCAGGAUCAUAGGCGUCGAGAAGUUCCUUGAUUUCGGUUUCCGUGGAGAUGGUCUUCAGUUUGCCGAUGAACAAAGCGUCACUGUCAAAGUCCAACAUGGUGUGGAAGCGCGAUAGAAACGCUUCAGCGCGAUAGCGUGUGUGCGGCCGUGUUGCGUGCAAACCUUUACCUGAGAGGUGGAUUUAUUUUACAUUUGAGGACCCUGCAUUCAAGGAUCAGCUGACCAACCUGACCGACAUCCGAGACCUUCCUGAGGAACGAGCAACAUUGAAAGUGUUGUUCACAGCUGAUGCAGCUCUCUCAGUUUCCACAUUGGAUACAGCCAGCCUUCCAUCUCUCAGUAGUGGGGAAUCUGACUCCCAGCAAUGGCCUGAGCCUUUCCCGAUUCCACAGUUCUCACAUGACGUUGAACUCACGCUGCAAGAAGCAAAUAGAAGAUAUGCAAAAGAUGGAUCUGUGAUGGUGAUUCCUAAAGGUAUGAAAACCGAUAUCCUGGACACACUUGCAGACAGCAUGUCAAAGAUUAGUCCUUAUCCUGAGAGGCAACACUACGAGAAUGUUGCAAACGCGCUUGUGCAGAAGCAUCCCAGUCUCAAAGACCCAGGUUCUGGAAAGGGUUGGUACGGCUGGUUCCACAGCCUGAAGUUUAAGCUCGGAAACUAUCGGCAGAAGUUAAGUGCAGCUGGACGCCCAGAGGUGAGAGUCAACAAAAGAAUAGGAGAAGAUGCCAAGGGAUCACGUGUGAAGAAGUCAAAGAAGGGCGAGGUCCACUACUGUCCAGAUCCCCCUGAAGGACUGAGUGCUGAAGACAUGGAAGGGAAGCGGAGGAUGAUUGAGGUGGAAAAGCUGAAAAAGGACCUGGAUCAUCAACAGAUAGAGGAGCUGAUGUCUGUCACAUUCUCCAAGCGCAGAAAGGAGAUCGUAGGGGAUCAACCUCUCAUCGGGGAUGUCAUGACCAGAUGGCCGGCCAUGUUCUGUGAGAGACAGGUUCGGGCGGAGUUCAAAAGAAUCGUAAGCACAGACCUUCUUGAGUCAUUCCUCAACGGACUUGAUGACCUGGUACCAAGACUGCUUGAAGUGUACGAAGCUGUGACCAAGUCGGGGAAGAAGCCUGCACUGAAAGCCAUUUUAGACUGUGUGAAGAAAGAUAACACAAACGAAAGGAGAAGGACUGCUGCUCUAAUGGGUCUGCCACACUACCUAUCCGAAGACCCAUUCGACAUCAUUAGGAUGUGAGAUGCCCAUGGUGAGUCUGGCUGCAGCCAUGAAGGGGAUGCAACUUGGCCUACUGAUAGGCUAUGAAGGUGACAACCAGGAUGCCUUUCCAGAGGUCUUCGAUGUGGCAGUUGUGGUUGAAGAAAACAUUGUGCUACACAACUUCAAGGAUGUGCCAUCCAGCUUCACCAUGCUUCUGGGGAUCAUCUACUGCGUUAACCUUGAGUAUCCACGAGCCAUGAAGUAUUCCUUCGAGUUCCUGCAGAGGGUAGUGAUGAAGAUCAAACCAGAUGAGGCCUCUGCCAGAGUCCACAGUGUCCGAAACAAGCUCCUGAGGUAUAAACUGUAAAGCAUGCCCCACUCGGGAAUGGAAUGGUAAUGCAAAAAAAAUGACGUGAUUUUGUGUUUUUGUUGUUUCACUGUUGUAGUGUACGUUCAUGCACGCCAACACCCAGAGUGGGAAACUCCAGUUGUAGUGUACGUUCAUGCACGCCAACACCCAGAGUGGGAAACUACUGUUGUAGUGUACGUUCAUGCACGCAAAUGCCCAGAGUGGGAAACUACUGUUGUAGUGUACGUUCAUGCACGCCAACACCCAGAGUGGGAAACUACUGUUGUAGUGUAUGUUCAUGCACGCAAAUGCCCAGAGUGGGAAACUACUGUUGUAGUGUACGUUCAUGCACGCAAAUGCCCAGAGUGGGAAACUACUGUUGCAGUGUACGUUCAUGCACGCAAAUGCCCAGAGUGGUAAACUACUGUUAUAGUGUACGUUCAUGCACGCCAACACCCAGAGUGGGAAACUACUGUUGUAGUGUACGUUCAUGCACGCCAACACCCAGAGUGGGAAACUACUGUUGUAGUGUACGUUCAUGCACGCAAAUGCCCAGAGUGGGAAACUACUGUUGUACUGUACAUUCACAAGCUUGUGUAGCUUUUAUUGGCUUAACAUUGGUUUUAAUAAAAAAAA